UGAACUUCUGGACAAAGUUAAAGCUGCAAUUUAUCUUUCUCUUGAUGAAUUGUGGGAUAUUCCAGAAAAAACAGCACUUUUGGCCACGAUUUUAGAUCCUCGUCUUAAAGGCCUUCGAUUUGUUAAUCAAGAUGAACGUAUCAAUAUUCAAGAAAAACUUAGAAAAAAAUAUCAAGAAUUAAAAGAUAAUCAAGAUAAUAUUUUAUUAGCGACACAAGAUAAUGAUCAUAAAAACUCUUUUUCAAUUUUAUCAUUAUUAGCAUGUGAUUAUCUUGGUGUUCCUGCAACAUCAGUUCCAAGUGAAAGAUUGUUUUCUGAUGCUAAUGUUCACAUUUCAGCUCGUCGAACUAGAUUACGGCCAAAUUUA